AUGGGCAAGGGAACUGGGAGCUUUGGUAAGAGGAGGAACAAGACACACACUCUGUGUGUGCGGUGUGGCCGCCGCAGCUUCCAUCUCCAGAAGAGCCGCUGCUCGGCCUGUGCUUACCCGGCCGCUCGCAAGAGGACAUACAACUGGAGUGUGAAAGCCAUCCGCAGAAAGACCACUGGAACUGGACGCAUGAGGUACCUCCGCCACGUGCCCCGCAGAUUCAAAACCAACUUCAGAGAAGGAACUCAAGCUGCACCGAGGAAAACAUCUGCAGCUCCUCUUUCUUGA